GCCGCCGACGUCUCUUGUCACUCUUCCCGCGUGCUUGGCCGUCGUCCUGCCAAGCUUCAUCCACAGAAACGUUAAAACGCCUAACAUCACGUUUCUUAUAUCAGUCUUUAGCUCUCCAUAUUCCUCCUCCAACAUCCCUCUUCAAAAUUCCUCUAACCAUGGCACUUCGGCUAGAACUUGGAGCUUACGGAUAUACCGUGACCGCAAACUUUAUAUCAGAAGGACUUCCCUGCCAGCUGCAUUCAGCGUUCAACACCAUGGCUUUAACUUCCGAGGGAUAUUCCUGGCACUCACUUGCUUUAGGUCGGAUAGGGCGGACCCGCUGGUGUCCCAUCAGAUAGAGUUUGUCCCCCAGAAUGCCUUGGUUAUACUUAUCAUUGUGUCUUUUUUAUAGGCCCCUUUAUGGCGCUGCUUGGGCCAAUUUGAUCCUCGCUAUCGCUUUAGUGAAUCUUAGGCCUACUCAACUUCAAUACUUUGGUUCUUAUAA